AGAAAAGUCUUUCCAAAUGUGUGCCCUGUUCUUAGCAGGCUAUUGCUAAAGGCACUGGAGCUGGGCACAUAUAAAAGGUACAGAGCCAACAGCCCACUGAGGAGCACCUUGCCAGGGCAAAGGACAGCCAAUUUCCAUACCUUCCCCCUACCCCAAACUCAGAAAGCCAUGGUGCAGCUCGGAGAACAAAACCAACUAUGGCUAUCAGAAACAAGAAAUUCCAGGACUUUGUGUGUGAACCUAUGGGUGAGAAACUUAUUACAGUUGUGGAUGGUAUAAAUGAGGAGCUUGGAGCAAGCCUAGCUGCAAAGGGCUUUGACAAGGCGUAUAUCCUCCUGGGCCAGUUCCUCCUCUUGAAGAAGGAAUGUGCUGCAUUUCAAAAGUGGUUGAAGUUAUCCUAUGGAGCCAGUAGCUGCCAGGCUGAGCAAUGUGCCCUUUGUCUCUUGGAGUGGUGCUAUGCAUUCCUCUAAGGAGCCACGUAGAUGUUUCCCCCCACCUCAAAACAACAACCACGCUUUCAUCC